GUGUUGGAGCACCCUCAGUCCCCACUUUUGAUGUGAAAAUGACCAAGCUGGGGUUUCUCCGGCUCUCCUACGAGAAGCAGGACACUCUGCUCAAGCUCCUCAUCCUGUCCAUGGCAGCCGUGCUCUCUUUCUCCACGAGGCUUUUCUCUGUCUUAAGGUUUGAAAGUGUCAUCCAUGAAUUUGAUCCGUACUUUAACUAUCGCACAACCCGCUUCCUGGCAGAGGAGGGCUUCUAUAAAUUCCACAACUGGUUUGAUGACCGAGCAUGGUACCCCUUGGGCAGGAUCAUUGGUGGUACCAUUUAUCCAGGCCUGAUGAUCACAUCAGCAGCGAUUUACCACGUGCUGCACUUCUUCCACAUCACCAUCGACAUCCGGAAUGUGUGCGUGUUCCUGGCUCCACUCUUCUCCUCCUUCACCACCAUAGUGACUUACCACCUCACCAAAGAGCUCAAGGACGCAGGCGCAGGGCUCCUGGCUGCUGCUAUGAUCUCAGUUGUGCCCGGGUACAUCUCCCGAUCCGUUGCCGGCUCCUACGAUAACGAAGGUAUUGCCAUCUUCUGCAUGCUGUUAACUUACUACAUGUGGAUCAAAGCUGUCAAAACUGGCUCCAUCUAUUGGGCAGCCAUGUGUGCUCUGGCCUAUUUCUACAUGGUCUCCUCGUGGGGUGGCUACGUCUUUCUGAUUAACCUCAUACCCUUGCAUGUUCUUGUGCUGAUGCUGACCGGGCGCUUCUCCCACAGGAUCUACGUAGCCUACUGCACUGUCUACUGCUUGGGAACCAUCCUCUCCAUGCAGAUCUCUUUUGUUGGCUUCCAGCCUGUCCUCUCCUCGGAGCACAUGGCUGCCCUUGGAGUCUUUGGCUUGUGCCAGAUCCAUGCCUUCGUUGACUACCUUCGGAGCAAGCUGAACCCACAGCAGUUUGAAAUCCUCUUCAGGAGUGUCAUCUCCCUGGUUGGCUUUGUUCUGCUCACUAUCGGGGCUGUGCUGAUGCUGACAGGGAAAAUCUCCCCGUGGACGGGGCGUUUCUACUCCCUCCUGGAUCCUUCCUAUGCAAAGAACAACAUCCCCAUCAUUGCCUCGGUCUCUGAGCACCAGCCCACCACCUGGUCCUCCUAUUACUUUGACCUGCAGCUCCUCGUGUUCAUGUUCCCAGUUGGCCUCUACUACUGCUUCAGCAAUCUCUCGGACGCCCGCAUUUUCAUCAUCAUGUAUGGCGUGACCAGCAUGUACUUCUCUGCUGUGAUGGUGCGUCUCAUGCUGGUGCUGGCCCCGGUGAUGUGUAUCCUCUCUGGCAUCGGGGUUUCCCAGGUGCUGUCCACCUACAUGAAGAACCUGGAUAUCAGCCGGCCAGACAAGAAGAGCAAAAAGCAGCAAGACUCCACCUACCCCAUCAAAAAUGAAGUUGCCAGUGGCAUGAUCCUGGUCAUGGCUUUCUUCCUGAUCACCUACACCUUUCACUCCACCUGGGUGACGAGCGAGGCAUACUCAUCCCCCUCCAUUGUGCUCUCUGCCCGUGGUGGCGAUGGCAGCAGGAUCAUUUUUGAUGACUUCAGAGAAGCUUAUUACUGGCUGCGGCACAACACACCAGAGGAUGCAAAGGUGAUGUCCUGGUGGGAUUAUGGGUACCAGAUAACGGCCAUGGCCAACAGGACCAUCUUGGUGGACAACAACACCUGGAACAACACGCACAUCUCCCGUGUUGGUCAGGCCAUGGCAUCGACGGAGGAGAGAGCCUAUGAGAUCAUGAGGGAGCUGGAUGUCAGCUAUGUGCUGGUCAUCUUCGGAGGCCUCACUGGGUACUCAUCUGAUGACAUCAACAAGUUCCUGUGGAUGGUGCGGAUCGGGGGCAGCACGGACACAGGGCGCCACAUCAAGGAGCACGACUACUACACCCCUACAGGGGAGUUCCGGGUCGACCGCGAGGGCUCCCCGGUGCUCCUCAACUGCCUCAUGUACAAGAUGUGCUACUACCGCUUCGGCCAGGUCUACACUGAGGCCAAGCGACCGCCGGGCUACGACCGGGUGAGGAACGCCGAAAUCGGCAACAAGGACUUUGAGCUGGAUGUGCUGGAGGAGGCAUACACCACAGAGCACUGGCUUGUCCGAAUAUACAAGGUGAAAGAUCUGGAUAACCGCGGCUUGUCAAGGACGUAGAGGUGCUGAUGGUCACCUCACACCGCACUGAUCCAGCCUUUCCUGUGAAGCAG